CUCUCUACCCUUCCUCCUCCUCCUCCUCCUCACGUCUCCUCGGACGCAGAGCGGCCAAGUGUCGCUCUCCUCCGGAUAAAGGCGCUCAGUUUCGGCGUCGCAGCUGGAGGUGUCACCUCGAAGACCGAGGGCUCAAUCGCGGGAUGCCGCCCGGAGGUUUUAAUGGGAAACACGUUGGAAUUUGUGCGUAACCCUUUUCCUCACCUACAGAAGGAGGAAUUAAAGUGGAAUAUGAUCGCUCGCAGUGGAGAGAAGUAGAGGAUUUUUUUUCUUUAAAAAAAAAAUGUCUGGAUUUGAUUUUUUUUCUUUCCUUUUGGAGACACAACGCGUUCUUCUUCUGCUCUCUCCACCCUGCUGUGACACCAAACGGGUCUUUUCCUCGGAUCUGACGCGUUUGGACUUAGAAAACAAAUUCAACCUUUCGGAAGAGGACUGCAUCUGAUAGACGCUGGAUGGAAUACUUUUAUUGAUCUUUUUUUGUUUGUUUUAUUUUUUUUUCUUUUUCUCGCUCCGGGGGUCUGACCUGUUGCACAGUUUGGCAACUUUUUGAGUCGCUUUCUGAGGCAAAGGAGGGGAGCUAAUAAAGAGAAGGGGCCCCUGCACGGAGCUCGGCUGACUCUGCGGACUGUUUUUUUUUUCGAGCACAAUUUGGAUUUAAAAAGUUCUUCACCAAACUGCGACUGAGAAAAAACUUAAAAGAAAAAAGAAAGACAGAAAGAAACGUUUCCUCUGUGAAACCUUUUCAGACAAGGCGCGGGCAUAGGGAAAAAAACCCCAAAAGAAAAAAAAAAAAAACGUCAAAUCGCAUUAGACGCUUGGUCAUCGGAUUCCCACGCAGACAUGUCAUUUUGCGCGUUGUGGAUGUCCUAAUUAUAGAGCUGAGGAACCGCGCUGCCGAUGGAUUAUUUAGCCUGUCUCAGCUGAGCCAGAGCGGACAAUCGUUGGAAAUAGCCUGAGCAUCCACAGUCAUGGACAGCGUGAGGAUGUACCUGAUCUGUGGUGUUGCCAUUGUGUUGAUGCUCUCAGUUACACCUGGACUGUCCGCCCCGACCAUAUGGCCGGCAGGAGACGAGCUGGUGCUGGAGCCCCACUCCAUCAUCAACAUCAGCUGCACGGGCCAAUCUGAAGUAGUCUGGGAAGAACCUCUGGCGGACGACGCCGUCGUCACUUCGAACGGCUUCACCUCCGCUCUCCUCGUUUACAACGUGACGGUCGAGCACACCGGCUAUUACGGGUGCAGGCAUAAAGACAAGGAGGGCGACCAAAACGACCUGGUGGAAAUCUACGUCCUUGUCAAAGACCCUCAGGUCCUGUUUGUCCCAGAGAGAGCAGAAGACCUGCUCAUCCCCUAUGAGGAUGAUUUGAUCAUCCCAUGCCGAGCGACGGCACAGACCCACGAUGUGGAACUGAUCCGAGUCCCCAGCGGAGAGAAGCUCCACAGGUACUACGACUACAGGCUGGGCUUCAUGGGGAUCUCCGCUCCUGGCCAGUACAGGUGUGAGGCCACAGUUAACGGCCAGACUUUCCAAAGCGACAUCUACACCGUAAUGAGAUCGGGAUCCACGGAGGUGAGCGACUUUAAGGUGGAAGUUAAAGCCAGCGCAGAGACGGUGCGAGUCGGGGAGCCCUUUAACGUCUCCUGUAUCGGACCCUUUGGCCCAGCCUUCCACCAGCAGUGGAUCCAUCUGAAAACACAGGCUGUAAAUGCGAUUCAGACGACGGAAAGACUUCCCGACUGGGUCAUCUACACUCUGAGCGUCCCGCGAGCCGCCGCUCAGGACGGCGGCAGCUACGAAUGCUCGGUCAGGCAUGAAGCCAGUGGAAAAACCAGGGUGAGCAGCGUGGCUGUGUCUGUGUUCGAGGGAAACUCCUUUGUCACCCUGGACCACAGAGGGAUUAUGCAGAUGGAGUCUGUUGGCAUUCUGGCAGAGACUCAGUACACCGUCUACAUCAAUGCAUACCCGGCUCCGAAAGUGUCAUGGAUGAAAGACGGCCAAGCGCUGUCGGAGAACUACUACAUUUCUUCCAAAACAAGCCACAUGGAAGGAAAUCGGUAUCAGAGCAUCGUUACGUUCCGGCAGCCAAUGGGGAAAGACAGCGGAAAUUACACAAUCACAGCCAUAAGCGGCUCUCGCACCGCUCAGUUCUCAUUCAUCCUCCAAGUGACAGGUUCCGGCAGACUUAACAUCAGACCAUCCUUCCCCCCUAUUCUGCUGCCGGACGAGGAUGAGAUUGUCGUCCCUCUCCACGAGCCGUUCACGCUGACGUGUCGCGGCGGUGCGAAGCUGAUGUGGGAAACACCGUACGACAUGCUGGAGCAAUCGCAGGAGGAUGACAGUGGCCUUUUUGUCACCACCAUCGCUGUUGAGGAAGCCACAGCGAUGCACACAGGUUAUUACGUUUGCCUCUACAACGACCACAAUGCAGAGGAAACCAAGACCAGCAGUAUUUACGUCUAUGUAUCAGAUCCAGACUCUCUGUUCGUGCCAAAUUUCAUUAACCACGUGCCGGCUGACCAAAAUGAGAUCGAGAUUCCCUGCAGGGUGUCUGAUCCUAGAGCUAUUGUGACACUGGUGAAUGUUGACACCAACCAAACCGUACCUAGUGAUUAUGACAGUAAAAAGGGUGCUUUGGGAAUAUUUCCUACUGGAACUUAUGUCUGCAAGGGUCUGAUCAAUGGAGAGGAGCACACCAGUGAGCAAUACAUCGUCCAUGAUUCCAUAGAUGUCUUGCACGUCGAGCUGUCUGCCAAAAGAACUGCUUUGCUGGUUGGAGACACAAUAAUUGUCAACUGUUUGGCUAAAGGACCUUAUUUACUGGAAGACAACUGGAAAUACCCUGGCAAACCGGCUAAUCGGGGUACCAAAACUGUAUGGGAAAAUAAGAACGAAGGCCAGAUCCUGUACACCUUGACAAUCCCACAAGCCUCAACCAAAGACAGCGGCAUCUACUCCUGUUCCAUUACCACUGUGGCAUCUAGAGACACAGAGACAAAGGAAAUAGCAAUUCAAGUGUUUGCCGGUGAGUUUUUGUCAAUCAAGCCGGAGUUUCGGGACCAUGAAUCUGCUGAGCUGGAUGACGUCCGGGAGUUCAUUGCCACAAUUUCCUCCUUUCCUGAUGCCCAUGUUACUUGGCUCAAGGACGGUGUCCCGCUCAGCGACCUGACCGCUGAGAUCUCCACCAGUUUGAAGCAGACCAGUGAGACCAGCUACAGAAGCAUUCUCACCCUGAUCCGGGUCAGGGAGGAGGACAGUGGGAACUACACCCUGCGGGUGGAGAACGGAAACCAGAGCCAUGAAGUCAGCUUAAACCUGGUGGUUAAAGUGCCUGCAGUCAUUGUGGACCUCAUGGACAUCCACCAUGGUUCCACCACAGGACAGUCUGCAGUCUGCAUUACCAGGGGGCAACCUACUCCUGUUGUGGAGUGGUUCAUAUGCAAGAACAUCAAACAAUGCGCCAAUGACUCGUCUUUUUGGGCGCCUCUACCCACCAACUCCACAGAGAUCACGACGGAGUCCCACUUCGAUGAGGAGAGCAACCUGGAGAGCCAGGUCAUGUUUGGCCAUCUGAAAAGCACUCUGGCUGUGCGAUGCCUUGCCAAGAAUGGAAUAGGAGCUGACAGCAGGGAGAUCAAAUUGGUGUCCAAUGGCCCUCACCCUGAGCUGACGGUAGCUGCUGCUGUGCUGGUCCUCCUGGUCAUUGUCAUCAUCUCACUCAUUGUCUUGGUUGUUAUCUGGAAGCAGAAGCCACGGUACGAGAUCCGCUGGAGGGUCAUAGAGUCUGUGAGUCCAGACGGUCACGAGUACAUCUAUGUGGAUCCAAUGCAGCUUCCCUAUGACUCCAGAUGGGAGUUUCCUCGAGAUAGACUUGUGCUUGGCCGGAUCCUGGGCUCUGGAGCCUUCGGGAAGGUGGUUGAGGGCACUGCCUACGGACUCAGCCGCUCUCAGCCUGUUAUGAAGGUGGCAGUGAAGAUGCUGAAACCCACGGCUCGCUCCAGUGAGAAGCAGGCUCUGAUGUCGGAGCUGAAGAUCAUGACUCACCUCGGACCUCAUCUCAACAUCGUAAACCUCCUGGGAGCGUGCACCAAGUCAGGCCCUAUCUACAUUAUCACCGAGUACUGCUUCCACGGCGACCUGGUCAACUAUCUGCACAAGAACAGGGAGAGCUUCCUCAGCCUGAGUCCAGAGAAAAACAAGAAGGAGCUGGACAUCUUCGGGAUCAAUCCUGCGGACGAGAACAGCAGGAGUUACGUGAUCCUGUCCUUUGAGUGUAAAGGAGACUACAUGGACAUGAAGCAGGCGGACAACACCCAGUACGUGCCCAUGCUGGAGAUGAGCACGACCAAGUACUUGACACAGGAUCGGGACAACACCCCUCCCCAUGCGGGAGAUGAGCACGCCUCUUACUCUCUCCAGGGAUCUAACUACGACCACCCUCCUUCACAGAAAGACUCAGGCGAAUCCGACAACCUGCUGUCAGACGACACGAGCGAAGGCCUCACGACCACCGACCUGCUCAGCUUUACCUACCAGGUGGCCAAAGGGAUGGAGUUUCUCGCGUCCAAAAAUUGUGUGCAUCGGGACCUUGCAGCCAGGAACGUCCUUCUCUCUCAAGGCAAGAUUGUUAAGAUCUGUGACUUUGGGCUGGCCAGAGACAUCAUGCAUGACAACAACUACGUCUCCAAAGGAAGCACCUUUCUGCCAGUGAAGUGGAUGGCCCCGGAAAGUAUUUUUGACAACCUGUACACCAGCCUUAGCGAUGUCUGGUCAUAUGGCAUCCUCCUCUGGGAAAUAUUCACUCUAGGUGGCACUCCGUACCCCGGGAUGGUGGUGGACUCCAGCUUCUACAACAAAAUCAAGAGCGGAUACAGGAUGUCAAAACCUGAGCACGCUCCGCAAGACGUGUACGAGAUGAUGAUAAGGUGCUGGAACACAGAGCCGGAAAAGAGGCCUUCCUUCAUGGGUCUGAGUGAAAAUGUGGCGUCUUUGCUGCCCUCCAGCUACAAGAGGCACUAUGAGAAGGUGAACCACGACUUUCUGAAGAGCGACCAUCCCGCCGUUACCCGAGUCUGCAUCGAGACAGACGCCGACUAUGUCGACAUUCCCUACAAGAACCAGGGCAAGCUAAAGGACAGGGAAAGCGGCUUCGACGAGCAGCGGCUGAGCUCCGACAGCGGCUACAUCAUCCCACUCCCUGACCUGGACCCUAUAUCUGAUGAUGACUACGGAAAGAGGAACAGACACAGCUCUCAAACGUCUGAGGAGAGCGCCAUUGAGACUGGCUCAAGUAGCUCCACCUACGCUAAGCGCGAGGGCGAGACCCUGGAGGACAUCACGCUGUUGGACGAGAUGUGUCUGGACUGUAGCGACCUGGUCGAGGACAGCUUUCUGUGACAGCUGCCCAGCCUCAGCAGGAGUGGCACGGGGCAGAGCUGCAAGGACAAUGGGACACUAGAGUGGGACCUGUAAAUCAGCCAAAGACUCUGGCCAUGACACUCCUCCUACAAGGACAGAGCAAAACCACUUUGCAGUCUCGGUGAGUCCGAGGUGACGUAAGGUACGCCCAUCCCUUCCCCGUGGACGACAACUCUUUUAUUUGGCAAUGGAGAUGGGAAUGAGCAAUAAAGAAAGAGUGACUGAAACAAUGGAUUCCAAGAGGGAGCAAGUGUUGGUGUUGGACCUAUCCGGAUCAAACAAAUCAAAAAAAAAAAGAAAGGAAAAAACAUCUUCCAUUUGAAAAGCUUUAUUGUUUUGGGCAUUCUUUUACCUGCAGUAUAAGCAAGAAGGAACAAAUCGAACGUGUUGGUCAGAAACUUUGCAUAACUCCUACAACAUACCACUACAAAUGCACUAUUGUUACUAUAUGACUCCAAUACCAGGAACUGUAUUACGAGGAAGUAGGAACUGUUACAAGGGAAGCACCUGAUGCUGGCACAAUCAGUCGCAAUACUUUGAGAUAAAGCACAACAUUUGGACUGAGUGCGUCUUUUUUUCCCUCUCUCUCUCUGUGACUAUAUAAUGUUCUCAAAUAGCAAAGUAUGUGCAGUAGUUAAAAUUUAUUUUUUUACGUCAUCAGUAUAAGAACAUGUAUUGUUGUGAAACCAAUAGUUAGUAACAGAUCGUAGCUGUCUGAGUGGGUGCGAGAAGAGCUUCUGAGUUGCAUUGGUCUUUGCGUAGCCUCUCCGUUUUUGUCCCAAACACACAAACACACACAAAAAAAAGAUCUUCAGCUUUAUUCUAGAUGAAGACCUAGCUCAUAUUUGACAUGUGGGCCUGUUUCUUGUUUGUUUUCGUUUUUCCAAAUGAAGUGUGAUUGUAAUGUAAAUAGCUCCAGAGUUGUUUUAUAAGAGAGAAUUACUGAGGGUAAUACUCAAGUUUUGUAUGCGAGUACAAAAAAAAUAAGCUUCUUCCUUCGUAUCUGCUACUUUGUAGACACUGUUUUUAAGAAAUACAUCUGCUAGGUCUAGAGAACACCAUGGGGACAUCUCAAUGAAAUAUGUGGAUUGGAAUAAAUCAUGGGCUGGUUUGAGAUUCCGGGGUAUCCAUCCAUCCAUCCAUUCAUCUUCUAGCACCCUUGUCCCUUGGUAAACCGUGAGGGGUGCUGCUGUCUAUGUCCAGCUAGAUUCCAGGAUACUUGCACAAAAUUUCUCAAUUGAAACAUAUAACAUGUUCCAAUUGGAUUUGUUUAAAAUAAAUCAUAUCGCUUCAAAAAUGUAAUUGCGUAUUUGAUGAUUGAAGUUAUAAUAUUUGUUAUCUAAAACAUUUUUUUGUCAAUUUGAUGCAUAGACUUAAGCAAAAAAAUAAAAAUCUCAAUAAUCAUGACAAAUUUAAUUGUGGCUUUCCAGGAUUUAUUGCAGAGAACAGCAUUUUCUUCUUUUUUUUCUGUUAUAGCGCAAGACCAGUUUAAAUAUUUAAGCUGUGAACACAGUGAAAUACUUUUAAAGGUGCAGAAAAGCGAACUACCUUUCCUUCAGCCUGCUGACUGGCAGUGUGCAGCAGCAGAUGGGAGACAUUAGUUAGUGCUCCACAGCUGAAGAACACUUUGACAGCAUCAUUGGAAGAAGGACUUCAAGUUGAAGGAAUUGUAUGAUGGGAAAUUUUAGCCUUUGACAUUGAUGCCGGCCCAUGCUUUGUUGGAAGACGGCUUGACAAACAGCAAGCGAGACUUUUUUAAAGAGAUGGAUUGAAGUCCAAGCAGAAGGCUUUUAGCAUCUACAUCCCAGGGAGCUAUAAAAUGAAAUGAAUCAAAGCCAAGGUAGUAUUUAAUCAAACAUAAUACCUGCCAAAGACCUUUUAUUGUGUCGUGCUUCAACUGUCUUUGCCAUUUUGACCUCCAGUAGCUUCUAGCUAGCUCUAAUGAGACAUUACUAUUGAAUUCAACAUACUGUGGUACAUCUGUUACAUGUGUUACCCCACCGCCGUCUUCUCGCUUUACUGUACCUCUGCCUCACCCCAUUGACUGUGAUACAAACUACAAUCAUUGUUGCACUUUGCUAUUUUUGUCCCAUGUGUCUAAUGUGUUGCAGAUGAAUACGCAAGCCUAACCUAAAAUACUGUAUUCUUCCUUUGCCUCAGCUGUAUAAAGCAGUGUGGAUGCUAGUGUCUGUGAGUGAUGUGUUGAUGAUGGUACUCUCUCUGUAGUCGAAGAUAAUCACACCCAGUAUGACCUUUUAAUAUUGUUUCAUUAUUUGACAUCAUGUACAUUCAGAUGAUUUAUAUUUCAAUAAAUGAUUUAUAAUGUA